AAAAUUGAGUUGAAGUCAUAUACUUCUCUCCAUUUUAUGUGCUCUGCUCUUUAUCAUCUUCUUCUCUCGAAAUUCUCUCCAUUUUCUUUGAUAAAAAAACCCAACAUGGUAUCAGAGCCUUUUAUGAUCUUUGAGGGCUUGUGUGAGAGAGAUUUGAGGGAAAUAGACCACCACAAAUUUUGACCCAACUCAAAUGGUUGCCAGCAGGGUUUUUCUUUCAAAAUACCUUGUUUUUUCUAACCCAACACAGCAAACUCCUCUGACCAAAAAUGCAGCAAAGAUGCUGUAAUGAUGAAGAAGAUCUGCAAGAAGCAAAAGCAAAAGAUGCUGGUUUGAUGACGUUUUUAGGCUGCUGGUAUUGUGGUGUUUUAUGCUACAGCAUUAGUCCAAAAAGGCAAGGAUGGCUUAUGAAGAUGCAGAUUGGGACCAAGAGAGUACUCAACAUUGCAUCAAGUCAUUUUCAUAACCGAGUAGCCAAAUCUUUAGCCCAAGGAAGGUGUUACUUAAAAGAGGCAGUAAUUGAUGGUGGUGUACCGUUUGAGAAGGCAUUUGGGAUGCCGGUGUUUGAGUACGCUAAGAAAGAUGAGAAAAUGAAUAACGUCUUGAAUAAAAUAAUGAGCAACAUCAGUUCCCUAGUCAUGAAAAAGGUUUUAGCAACUUACAAGGGAUUUGAGGGUUUAGAGCAGCUGGUAGAUGUUGGUGGUGGGGUGCGUACAACUCUUAAGUCGAUAGUCUCCAAGUAUCCCCAGAUAAAGGGUAUUAACUUUGAUUUGUCACGUGUUAUUAGGAAUGAGUCCCCUUUUCCAGGUGUGGAAUACAUUGGAGGAGACAUGUUCACUAAAGUUCCUCAAGGACAAACCAUUAUCUCGGAGUGGAUACUUCACAAUUGGGAUGAUGAUCACUGCUUCAAGCUACUAAAAAAUUGUUAUGAUGCCUUGCCAAAAUCGGGUAAGGUGGUGGUGGUGGAACUUUUCGCACCAGAAUCACCUAUAUGUCCUGCUUACAACUUUUGGGUGAUGGAAUUUUACAAAAAUAUGAACCCUUCUGCCUGAGUCAUGGAGAAAUUUAAGGACAUCCAAUUUAUUUGCAGAAAGGCAAAAUUUCCAAGGCUCACCAUGUUCUAGUGUAGUGUUUCAAUAAAUGUUGUUUAGUGUUUCAAUAAAUGUGUACUUGGUUAUGCUGCUAGCUAGAUUGGUUAUCCUUUUCUUUGUUUCCAGUCCUGAGGAGUCAGACCUUCUUGUUGCAUUGCAAUUUGUUUUAAUAAAAUAGAAGGUUAAGU